AUGCUCUCACGUGUUGCUGCUGUGGAGGCACCCCGCACACACAACCGUCGCCGCGUGACCGGAUCCAGCGGGAGGAGGAGGGAAGGAGGAGAGAGUGAGCCGCAGAGGCCCAACAUGUCCCGGCAUCUCUUCUACUCUGCGGUGCUCCUCCUCGUCGUGAUGGUGUGCUGCGGGAGUGGUGCUGCGGGAGUUGCGGGGGAGCCAGCUGUAUCAACGUUUAAAUGGAGGGGCAUCAAUGAGAGUGGAGGUGAAACUGUGGACUCGUUGGGUGCUCCCAGCCUUCUAAAAGUGGGGAAUGACGUGUUUGCCGUUGCCGAGGCGCAGUGCAAGAAGGAGGCUGGUGGUGUCAGUUUUACUGGCGUUGCAUCUCAACUUCUCACGAAAAAAACUGCUGACACACCGGAGGAAUUGUUUAGUGAUGCCUUAAAGAAGACACAAGUACUGGAGGAAGGUGCUCCCGGAGGUCAAAAGAAGGAAGUGGAUGUGAGCCGACCAACAACUGCUGUGAAGGGGAAUGAUAUUUACAUGCUUGUUGGACAGCACAGCAGUAAAGAUUGUCAGAACAGUGGUGCAGGCGGCUGUGAACUUUUGCUGGUGAAAGGGAGCGUCAGUGGUGAGGGUACAAAUAACAAAAAAAUUGACUGGAAAGUUACUGAAAAUCCCCCGCAAGGACUUUGUGGCGCACAGCUCGAUUCCUGGACAAGGCUGAUUGGAAGCGGUGGAUCGGGUGUUGAGAUGAAGGAUGAGACUCUUGUAUUUCCUGUGGAAGGCACGAAGAAGGCGGAGGACGCUGAAGAGGGUGUGAAGACUGUCUCACUGAUCAUACACUCGAAGGAUACUACGAAUUGGACGCUGUCGAAGGGGAUGUCUGACGGUGGCUGCAGCGAUCCCUCCGUCGUGGAGUGGGAGGAGGGAAAACUCAUGAUGAUGACUGCGUGUGCUGGUGGCCGCCGCAGGGUGUACGAGAUCGGUGACAAGGGGGAGUCGUGGACGGAGGCCCUCGGGACACUCUCGCGCGUGUGGGGCAGCAACAAAAAGGACGGACAAGCGAAGGCCGUUAGAAGCGGGUUCAUCACAGCGACGAUUGACGGUGUUGAUAAUAAAAAAGUGAUGCUCGUCACUCUGCCGGUGUAUGCCGGGGAAGGCAACGAAAAGGGCAAGCUUCAUCUUUGGCUGACGGACAAUACGCACAUUGUUGAUAUUGGGCCGGUAUCCGGAGAAGAUGAUGACGCUGCCGCCAGCUCCCUGUUGUACAACAGUGGAGAGAACACUAAUGAGAAGAAGGAGGAGUUGAUUGCACUAUACGAGAGGCAGAAGAAGGAAGGGAAGCCAUCACCCGGUAUGGUCUCUGUGUUUCUGACUGAGAAGCUGAAGCGUGUGAAGGAGGUGCUGGCGACCUGGAAGGAGGUGGACGGCCGUGUCUCCCAGCUGUGCACCUCAUUAAUUGCUGAGAAGGAGCGUACCUCAACUGGCGAUGUCUGCAACGCUGAUAAGAUCACGGCUGGGCUGGUUGGCUUUUUGUCCGGCAACCUCUCCGGUGACACAUGGAGGGACGAGUACCUCGGCGUGAACGCCACAGUAAAUAAUAAAGAAGGGGCAGCGGCGUCAACAGUGGCCAGCACGAAAAAUGGUGUGACGUUCACGGGGCGUGGCGCAGGGGCGGAGUGGCCUGUUGGCAAGCAGGGGCAGAAUCAGCUGUACCACUUUGCGAACUACAACUUCACUCUUGUGGCGACGGUGUCCAUCGACAAUGUGCCGGAGGAGGGAGACACCCCCAUUCCGUUGGUGGGUGUGCGUGAGGGCAGUAACGGAGAAAACAAACUUAUGGAGUUGUCGUACGACGGCGGAAAGAAGUGGCAUGUACUGUGCUGUGACGGAAAAACGACGACGGAGCUCAGCAGCACUUUUGGGACAGAUACAACUCAACACGUGGUCAUUUUGUUGAAGAACGGCACCCAGGGCUCCGUGUAUGUCGAUGGUCAGCGAGUGGGUGGGAAUGGAGAAUGUGCAUUGGGAAACGGUGAGUCGAAAGAGAUCUCCCACUUCUACAUUGGAGGGGAUGGAGAAAACGCAGACAACAAAGAAGGCGUCUCUGUGACUGUGACGAACGUCCUGCUGUACAACCGCCCGUUGAGUGACACUGAGAUCGCCGCCUUCAGCCCGAAUAAAGCUCCUACUCCACCUGCGGUGGAUGAGCCUUCUCAGGGAACCGCGAUUCGAUCGUCUCCUGGUGGUCAAGGAAGGGAGGAACCGAGACAGUCGAUGGGGAGCAGUGGUGUGAACGGUGUAUCCGCACCAACAGUGUCCAGUGCCAAGACUUCCUCAGGAGGAGAGGGGUCCGCAACCCAGUUGGUGUCAGAAGAAUCUUCCGAUGGAACUCAAACUGUGGGUGGUGGUUCUUUUCCUGAUGGCGAGCCAACGGUGGAGACAAGUGAAGGAGGAACGGAUGGGCAGAAGGAGAAGGAGAUCCACGCACAGAACGGGGACGUAAAGGCUGCGGCCCUCAGCAGCAGUCUCGGAAAUGUGUCGCAGGGGAAUAACAGCGAUGCCGGCACCAUGCGUGAGAGUGGACUGCUGCCAUCGCUGCUUCUACUGUUGGGACUGUGGGGGUUCGCGGCUCUGUGA